AUGGCGAUUGCUUUGGCCGAGGCGGAUAAGUAUGAGAUCCUGGAGAAGAUUGGUUGUGGCUCCUUCGGCAUCAUUCGCAAGGUCAAGCGGAAAUCGGAUGGAUUCAUCCUAUGCCGCAAGGAGAUCAACUACAUCAAAAUGUCUGCGAAGGAGCGCGAACAGCUCACGGCCGAAUUCAAUAUCCUAAGCUCCCUCCGACACCCCAACAUCGUUGCCUACUACCACCGCGAACACCUCAAGGCUAGCCAAGACCUUUACCUAUACAUGGAAUACUGCGGUGGUGGAGACUUGAGUAUGGUCAUCAAGAAUCUCAAAAAGGCCAACAAAUAUGCGGAGGAGGAUUUCGUUUGGCGAUGCCUAUCGCAGCUGGUCACUGCUCUUUUCCGCUGCCACUAUGGCUCCGACCCUGCCGAGGUUGGGUCUAAUAUUCUUGGUCCUCCCCCUAAACCCACUGGACUCAAGGGGAAGCAGGGAUCUGUUACUAUCUUGCAUCGCGACCUCAAGCCCGAAAACAUCUUCCUUGGCAGCGACAACAGCGUAAAGCUUGGUGACUUUGGUCUGUCUAAGCAGUUGCAGUCCCAUGAUUUUGCCUCCACGUAUGUCGGCACACCAUUCUAUAUGUCGCCUGAAAUUUGCGCCGCAGAGAAGUACACCCUUCGCUCCGAUAUUUGGGCGGUCGGAUGUAUCAUGUACGAGCUGUGCGCAAAGGAGCCCCCUUUCAAUGCCCGCACCCACAUUCAACUGGUCCAGAAAAUUCGCGAGGGCAAAUUCGCUCCGCUCCCGGACUUCUACUCUCCCGAAUUGAAAAACGUCAUUGGAAGCUGUCUUCGUGUUAACCCAGACCACCGCCCAGACACGGCUGCGCUAAUUAACCUUCCCAUCAUUCGUCUGAUGCGCAAGGAGAAGGAGGUUGUGGACCUUGGCCGCACCCUGCGCCGUCGGGAAGACGCGGCCGUUCAACGGGUUCGCGAGAUGGAGCAGAAUAUUUCUAAGAUGGAGAAAGAGAAGCAGCAGGCUAAGGCCGAUAUCGAGAGCACCCUUCGACGCGAGUGGGAGGUUAGGGCUCGAUUGGAGAUUGACAAACAAGUUCAGAUGGAACUUGGCCAGCUUCGCAAGCGGUUUGAGACUGAGGUCCAGAGUCGAGUUGCGGUAGAGUUGGAGAAGGAGAAGGUCAAGCGAGGCAGCAAUCCUCGCGAACUCUUCCGCACAAGUACACAGGGCUCCGACUCUUCUCAAUCAUCGUCUCGUACCAGCGGCCGUGCCUCUCGCUCUUCAGGCCACAGCACAGAUGACAGUGAUGCGCCUUCUUCCGCCGAUAUCACGCAAGUCAUGCCCGAAUCGCCAACUUCCAAUGGUCGUAAGAAGCCAAAGAAGGAAGCUCGUACCCCCUUCUGCCGCUCAAAGACAGUUGUCGACUCCCCACAGGAUGUUCAAAUGGCCGAGCCUUCCCCCAUCUCGAUCGCCUCCCUCUCCCUGUCUCCUCGCCGCACAUCCGGCACCGGCACAGGUCGUAACAUCUUUGCCGAGGCAGAGCGUAACAAGGCCAAAUGGGAACCUACACUAGCCUACUCAGAUGACGAAGACGACACACCCGAUCUCCCAUCUCCAACCCGACCAAAGGUGAAGCCAGACCCAUUCAAGGCCGCGCCACGACCUCUCCUGCGCCAAAACACUGCAGCUCUCAUGCAAAAGCUCAGCACUCAACCACCCCUCUUCCCAUCCAAUGCCGCUCCCGCUCGAAGUCUCCCCCACCGUCGUCUGUCCAAGAUCCCUUCAUCUGCCAACCUUGCUGCUGAUGCUGGCUCUCCUACCCGCAAGAACAGCACCAAGCAAAGCCCCACCAAACCCACUGGUGGCGAUGAGAUGUUCAAGGCUGUCAUGCAACGCAAUAUGGGUGGUCGUACUCUGGUUGAGCUUGCGCAAGCUCGCGCUGGUGGUCGUCCUAUGGAUGAAGUCAAGCGAUGUGCUAGUGACUCGCGCGCUACUAUUUCCUUGCAAUCUUCUUCGCGGGACCCGCCUGCAACCUGGGACCCUGAGCGUGACGAGAUGCCCAGUCCCUUCUUGGCUCGUGGAAAGAAGAUUAUCCGCAACCUGCGGUAG